AUGGUUGCCCCUCCUAUCUAUCGCGGGACGUCCCCUCCACGCCUCACAAGUAGCAGCGCGCUGCUAACCGCUCCGAAGGAAGCCGGAGGGCGCCCCGCUUUUCUCAGCCGCGCAGCAAAGGAGGUUUCUCCGCUCGCUCUCAAAGGCCGCAGUGCUUCCUUCCGUUCGGGAGCUGUUUUUCAGCACCACGGGAUCGGGUUGCUCCGGGCUGGCGGCGUUCCUGGUGGGAAGGACGGGUGGCAGCCACGAGCCUCUGCAACUCGGGGACGGACUGCGGGGGAAGAGGAGCUGUCGAUCGGGAAACCCUCCGGCCACCCUCCAACGCCAGGCGACCGGGCUUUCAGGGACAGAGGCGGACGGAAACGGAGGAAAGCAAAUGCCCGGGAGGUCCUGGAUGGUCGCCCGCGACGUCGGGGGCGCUGUGGCGAAGGCAGGGCAGCGAAGGGAAGGAAGUGCUCCUCGGGUGCGGAGAGGAGCGCGCACGCGCCUCCGCCUCCUGCCGCCCCCUCCUUUCCGACCCGAUCGAUUUCUCAAGGUGUUCUCUGCACGACUGAAGAUGGCGACAGACUGAAGGCGAGCGGCGGGUGCGGGAGGGGGAAAUGGACAGGCCUAGCCGCCGCGCCCGGGCGCUCCGGAGUGGCCAAGCUGCGGCCCGCCUUAAGCGCAAAAGGAAAGGCGAGUGAGGGCGGCAGGCGCCCAGUUGCCGAGGGAGUGCCGAGGCAGGCGAUCGGGAGCGAGCGAGCUGGCCCACAGGGACGAACCAUGAAGAGGGCCAAACGCUGGGCCGCUCUCGCCAGAGGGCCGCGCAACCACAGCGAGGGCCCCACCCCGCCGGCCCACCCCCGCUGCUCCGCCGCUGGCGCCCCAGGUCGGCACCUGGACCUGAGCGCUGCGUGCUCCCAACGGCGCCUCUUGCAGCAGGGCUCUCUGGCCGCCUUCCCCGCCGUGCCUCUGAGGCUCCCUGCGGCCGCCGCGGUUGCGGCCGCCUCCUCCCCCCAGCUGGACUUCUUGGAGGAACACUUUCGGAACUUUCGCCUCCCCUUUUGUGACACUUACACGGCUUGGGACCUGCUGCUUGGCAUGGCCGGCCCGGAAAGCUUGGACUGCAGCUUGCCCAACCUCCUGAUGGACUUCCUCUCUGCUGCGGCAGGAGCCCAGCGAGGGGAGGCCUGUAGCAGCUGCUUGGAGGCAUAUCAAAGGCUGGACCAACACGCUCAGGAAAAAUACGAGGAGUUCGAGCUUUUGCUGGAGAAAUACCUGCAAGCCGAGGACUAUUCUGUGUGCUCCUGCAUCAGAGACUGCAAGGCUGUCUACAAGGCUUGGCUGUGCUCUGAGUAUUUUGAUGUGACACAACUACAGUGCCAACACCGGAUUCCAUGCAAGCAAUACUGCCUGGAGGUGGAGACUAGGUGCCCCUUUGUGUUGCCUGACAACGAUGAAUUGAUCUAUGGAGGGUUGCCUGGCUUCCUCUGUACGGGGUUGUUGGAGAACCAGCUGCCUGACGAGGAAGCAAAGUGCUGUGAUGUGCAGUGGGACUCCUGUGAUCAUCAACCUGACCGCAGCUACAACACCUCCACCAAAUCCACAGAAUCAGAGUCAUUCCAUAGCCCACGCCAUGAUGCCCCCCAUCACCAGCAGCAGCAGCAGCAGCAGCAGCAGCACUAUCACCUGUAUUACCAUCACAAUCAGUACCCACACCCAUCUUUGCUGCCAGUCUCUGCAGGGUCUCGCCUCAGCCACAGCAAAAUCCGGCUCUGCGUCCUGGUUCUUAUGCUUCUGCACACCAUGGUGUCCUUCUCCAGUGUGCACAGCAGUGGAGGGUUGAGCUUGGACGUCCUUCCCACCAUGGAUGAGAGCAUCACAAGAGAUGAGUGACCCAGAGGGAGAGCAGCUCCUCAGGCAAAAAGAAAGAACGGAAAAGAAAACAGGCCUGUGGGGAGGGGGCAUUUAUCAUACCUCUUGGGAGGCAUCGGUUGGGUGAUGCGCACAGACCCACCCCCAUGUGGAGACCCCCACCAAGAGCAACUCAUCGCAGGGCCACCCUGGGAUGCCUAGAGGGCUGUGUGAAACACAGCCUUGAGGAGGGCUCCGUGAGCCGCUGGCCUGAAGCUGAGGGCUUGCAGGCGUGCCGAGGCCAGGCAGGGAAGGAGCAGAAGUAAAAGUGGAGCAGUUAGCCUCCUGCAAAGGGAGAGGCCGGGGGAAGGCCCCAGGGAGUGAGCACUGCUGCUCCUGCCACCACAUACAGAGGUUACAGGCCACAGUGUUUCCGCUCCAUAGUGGGUAACCCGCCUGUUGCAGUGACAGAAUUAGCUUAGCAGAGAUCCAUUCCCAAGUCAUGUGCUCGGCCCAACCCAGGCAAUGGGGUGAUGACAGGGUUCCUUCCUUCCCCAUUUCUUAGACUUCACUGGCCCCUUUCCCCCUUUCUCUGCCCAAGAGCUGCAGAAAGUGCUGAAGGGACCUUCCCAGGCUUUCUGCCAAGCCAAGGUCCAGGAUAAGUCUCAGCAGCAGCUUGUGCAGUCUGGAGUCCUGCGUUCCCAGAAGGGCUGAAUACCUUCACUGUCUGCCUAUCAUCUGUGUAAGAUGUCCUCAAACAUACAAAAACACUGUAUUUGCCUGAAAGGAAGACUAGUUUUUUCUCCAGAGGGAUUACUUUCAAAAUUGGAGGGUCAUCUUAGAUUUGUUGAGAAUAUGCCAAUAGAAGCAUUCUUUUCUUUUUUCUUUUCUUUUUCUUUGGCAAGAGAAGGGGGAUUGUCGUAAAUUAAGGGUCUACUUAUUUUUGAGUAAAUAAUGUAUUUAGUUCCGCUCUGGCUGUUAGUGCUCCACUGUUGAGAUUUCUUUGACUAUCAAGAAAUACUUCCUCCCAACUUUAAAGGAAUUUUGAAGGAGCUCAAAGAAGCUUUGCUGGGACUGCAGAGGAAAAGAAAGGGUGAAAUUCCUUCUCCAUACCCGCAGUCAACCUGACACAUAUCCCCCCACCAGCAGGCCUGUGCUUUGCAUUUUGUAAAAUGUGCGCAUUAAAAGCAAAUUAGUAUUAACAUUGCCCCAAAAAACUACCCCAAAGAGAACUGUUUUUGCUUACCUGAAUUUUAGAAACAUAUAUUUUCUCAGGCAAUGUACUGAGUGCUAUAAAAGAGAGGUUCUUAUUCCCACUCACUCUCUGUUUCACACACACAUGGCCAGACACUCACUUUAAAAUAAAUACAGCAGUGGGCAUAUCUAAACCUGCAUGGAUUCCCUAGAUCUGUUGCUUCUUUGUCUGGGGGCUCAUUUCACAUCAUCAGUAGUUUUUUGACAACUCUUUGAAAAUACUCCCAAUUUCCUGCCCCUCUCAGGGAUACUCCCAAGUACCAGAGGGAACACAGAUCUCUUGGUGGUUACUCAGCACAGUGGUUUAUGGGAGCUUUAAAUAAACUCCCUUGACCGUAGGAAGAAGAAACAACAAGGCUGAUCUAACAGCAUGCUAGCCAAAAAUGGCCUGGAUAAUUAUGGAUCAGGCAGCAAAUUGUGUGAAGCAGGCAGUCAUGUGAAGGCAUUAUGGUUUCUUUCUUUGGGCAUUGCAUGUUAUGGAAACAUAGCCGUUGUGUUUGUUAAACCAGCUUUAACAUUUAGCAUGUUGUGUGAAUACAGCCAAGGAAGUUGUUCAUACAUCUAACCCAGAAGCCCUCUGCUGACAGGCAGCUGCCUCUGGUAUUCAGGAGGCAGCAAGAGAUUGGGGGUGGGGGGGGGUGUUUCAGAAGGGGCAGUGUCUUUCUUUCCCAGUGCUCGCUAAGUUUUCCUUUUUGAAAGUAGCUGCCAUGGAUUGAACCUGUGAACUUCUGCAUAUAAAUCAGGCACUUUGCCGCUGAAUUAAGCUCCUCUUUUUAAGAUUCCUUAAGGGAUAGCAGAAGACAGGGGGGAAUGUUUAAGACUAAGAUUGCCCUGCCAACAUACACUCAAAUCUGUUUGCCCUGUCAUUUGACAGGAACUCACUCUACCUAAAGAAGAAUAAGAACAGAAGAGUUUCUUUAAAGGAGGGUGCAGAAAGUUCUCCAUGCGUGUGUGUGCCCACACCCACACACACCCUGGAGGACUUUCUCACAUGGCAACUGGUGUCCUCUUGGGGAAAAUGCAAGCCAGGUCCAAUCCAACAGUCGUGUUUGUAGUCUGAAACAAUUCAGAGUCUCCUGGAGAGGCCAGGGAGGUCAUAUCCAAACCCAAAACUUAGACAUCUUCCAUGCCCACCCAAGACCCCCACCCAAGAUAUGCUGUGGUAAGAAGUUAGAGAUGCCUGUCUCGUCAUUUCUAGCCCCCACCCAAGAAGGUUAUAGUUGACUUGAGAUUAAUUCCAAGUAGAGCCAGAAUGUAUUUACCUCUAAGCAAACACCUCUGAAUAUGCUCAUACCAUAUUUCUUGUGAGAAGUACUCACCAGCCCAUUUCACAGAGUAGCAUUUUUUUUAGCAACUGGUAGGCUUGGCUUGGCUCUUCAUAUAAUCUCAUUCACUGGCUCAAGUCUAGUCCCUGCAAUCAGUUCCUGAUUCUUUACAGAAAUCAAAAGGCAGACUAAAUGCCCAUGACCAAGCCUCUACGAAAAACACUACCAGAUUUGGGUCUGAAUUCAUUUCCCAAUUUGGAUUUGCCCAUACUGUCUCCCCUGUACUAUGCCCAUGGGAACGAUGGUUCACCACCAACCCAAUGUGAUUGGCACGCAGGUUAUGAAGCAUUUCUGAUAUCCAAGAAAUUCCCUAUCUGGAAGUUAAACUUCCACUCAAGGAAAAGGGGAGGGAGACCUUGAAAUGGAAGUUGUGGAAGGAUCCCUCUCUCUGGCUUUUUAACCUGAUGCAUUAAAGAACCAUUUUUUUCUCAAACCACAUGCUAAGGCAAAGGGGCCUUCACUCUCAGAAAGGUGGAUAGCACCAAAAAGGCCAUUCUCCAUCAGAAGAGGGCAGGUCUGUGUUAGUACUGCUGUAUUUCAUAUAAUCACUGAGAAAAAGAAUUUGUGACAACAGUGAGGGGUGUAAAUAAGAAUUUAUAAGUGAGAAGAGCUCUAAAUAGGUGGUUUUUAUUGAGUCUAAAAUUGACUCACUUAGAGCACACUUUUAGGUAGUAAAAAAUUAACUCCUGGCUCUUGGCUUCUCUGUAAUGUAAUAAUAUGGCUUAAUGUCUGCCAAAUCUUGAAGUGGAAUUAUAAUUUUAAUAUUCCAAAAUUCAUAUUCAUUAUGGAUUUUUGUGCUCUCUGGUUAUAUGUUGGGCCAUAUUUAAAGACACCCAAAUUUCCUUCCUCCUUAAAAAAGCUACUUUCUGCAUGGUUGGAACUGAAUAAUCAUAGCAAGUCACAGGAAGGCUAUAUUGUAUGUAUUCAUUCUAUUCACUAUCAAAGAGGGAAUCCAUAGUUGCGGAUGAUUCUGAGGACUGAACUUUAGAAGCCUUUGGGAGAUUCCCAUCCAUCUCAGAUUUGUGAUCAAAGUCUUGAAUGCCCAGUGAGUUAGCACUCUUUCUUCUUAAUCCCAGGGCCCUCUGGAUACUAUGCAACAUGAAAACAGAAGGUGCAUUUUGACCCAAUCAACUACAUCUGCCUCAAGUAUAAGCCCCCCCCUUUCUCUCUCUCUUUCUCUCAGACUAAAUUUGCCUCUUUUGAGGAAGAGGAUGAUAAGGAAGGAGUGAGGCUGAUCACUCCAAACCAGUGUAUGCUUUCCAGAGGAUCUCCAG